UUGCCGCUAUGCCCUCCAACAGCUCUUGGUCUGAUGGUCUCUUCCUGAAGAUCACCAACGUCAUCGUCUACUUCCUUUUCUUAGGCUCAAACAUCUAUACUAUCGCCAGCCCUAGUGCCAUAUACUACGGUGGAAAGCUCACGUACAUUACUCCCGCGCCAUGGGCAUUCCUCAUCUGGUCCCUCGUCCAUCUCCUGCUUCUCGGAACCAUCAUCUAUCAGUUCCUCGAUGGAGGGAAGCAAGUGAUCGUUGACGGCAUCUCUUGGAGGCUCCCGCUCCUUGCUGUGUUGAACGCGGCAUAUGUCACGCUCUGGGCUCAUCACUACUACAUCGUCGCCUUCGCCUUUGCGCUAUUCGUGAGCUCUGCGGUUACGCACGUCUACUACGUCGUGAAGAAAUAUCACGAGCCCGCGAGCAUCUCAGAUGAGAUCUUCGUUCAUCUUCCGUUCUCACUCUGGCACGGUUGGACGACCGUCCUCGUCGUUCUGACCGCUUUUGAGGCGUUUGGUGUGGAUGCUAUUACCGAGCGCGCGGGCAUCUGGACUGACGUCUUCGCAUUCCUUGGAAUGUUCUUCCUCGAGGCUACUGCCACAGCGUACGCAUUCUCGAGCACGGAGGGUGACUUGCCGGCCGGCAUAGCAAUUGCCUGGUCUCUCUGGGCCAUCUUCACACAACAACGCCACCCCGCAUUCAUUCACUGGAGUGCACUUGCGUUCUCCAUCAUCUCCAGUAUCUGGGUUGUGAAGGCCAUUGCCGGCGUAUUCAUCAAGCUCCGCCGGGGCCACCACGGGAUUUCCCUUGACGAAGAGAGGGCGCCUUUGAUUCAAUAAAUGGAGGCGGAUUGAACGGUACCGGAUCGACGUCUGUCAUGAACUAUCACGCGAAGGAAAUCAAUCCAUUAUUAACGGAUUGAACAAAAACGACUUGUUUCGAGUAAUAGUGUUACGUCGUACAAUGAUGAUAUAGGUCAAUGCAAUUCCACCAUGUGUCCUCUCAAUACACCAUUUGUGCGCUU